AAUGCCAUAGGCAGCAAAGGUAUCGAGAUUCCUCUGUGUCCUUCACAUGGCGUGCUUCAUGUCAGGACACUGAGAAAUGUUUUCAAGGAUGCUACGGGAUUAAAGUACCGAAACCCCGAUACUGGUCUCGAUAGAGUGCUCUUGAUGAUCGAAGCAGGUUUGGAAAUGCUCUAUAAGCAUAAGCUAGACGGAACUUUGCUACGAUUGUCACUUGCCCGGAGAGAAUCUGACAGACUAACUCCGACUGGAGGGUGGAAAAAUAAGAUGUUCACUGUCGUACGUCCUGCGAAGUUUGUUCGCCCGCCAGGGAACGCGAAAAAGCAAGUGAAACGCUCAUUAGCUAACAAAUCAAAGGCGAUGGCUGAUAUGGAUUCAAACUCCGAUGGAAAAAUGAGACCUGUUCUAGCAGGUUCGAAAGCUAACUGUGUAUCAGCAGCCUCAGAAGUGUGGAUUGAGGAGCUUGUCCGAAUUUCAAUGGAAAUCGGUAUACUAUGGUUAGAAUUACUGUAUAUGAGUGACUUCAGCCUUACUCAUGUUCUCAUUCAUCCCUCUGAAAUUUUCCGGAUAUGUAAGCAUACACAGGCAGAAGCUACAUACGCCAUACCCAACCUGUGA